AUGUGGAAGUUUCUGAGAUACCAGGGCACCGACGCGGAGAAUCUCCGGGAGCUGCUGAAAGAGACCCACGUCCUGGCACAGACGGUUGCCUUGGAAGAGCACAAGGAACGCGAGGAGCUCCUCUGGCAGCGGCUAGGCGUCGAGCAAGAAGAAGAGGUUAAGAAAGAAGUCCGCUACGACGAGUGGGGUGACCCCAUUUGA